AUGAAGACAACCACCGCAUUCGCCGUUGCCUCUUCUCUGUCGGGCCUUGCCUCUGCAUUGCCCUACAUGGGUCCUGGCGCUCUGGAGAUGAGAGAGCAGAUGACCACCAAGAACUCGACCUGGACUGAUCUGAGAGGAAAGAUCAAGCACGUCGUGUACCUCAUGAUGGAGAACCACAGUUUCGACAACAUUGCCGGAUACUGGGACUUCCACCCUGACAUUGACAACCUUCGAAACAUCACUUACUGCAACCAAUACACCAACCCAAACUGGACUGUUUGGAAUGAGCCCAUCGAUAUCUGCGCUGGCCCAUAUGAAGAUGAGGUUCCUUUGAAGGAUCCUGACCACAACUUUGCCGGUACCUCCUACGAGAUCUACCGCACCUGGUACCCUUCCAAGAAUGACACACCUAAUAUGGGAGGGUUCAUCGAGCGCCAGUCCGAGAAGUACAGCGAGACCCCUGGCGAUGCUUCCUUUGUCAUCAAAGCCUACUCGCAAGAAAAGUCUCAAGUACUUGCAACUCUUGGAAAGAAUUUUGGCUUUUGGGACAGCUACCACGCUGAGCACCCUGGACCUACCAACCCCAACAGACAGUUCGCCACAUCGGGCUCAACCUGUGGAAUGGUAGACAACACCAAGCAGGCUUUUGGAUGGCCUGCCAAUGUGACCGGAACCACUUGUGCCAAGUCCAUCUUCGAGUCUCUUUCUGACAAGAACAUCACCUGGAAGAACUACUACGAGACUGAUAUCAUUGAUGCCUGGAUGUACAAGUGGGUCCAGGACAAUGCCAUGGACCAGCUCGUGCACGCAGAUGAGUUCUACUCGGAUCUUGAGGCCGGCACCCUGCCUACAUUCAGUUACAUCAACCCCGAGUGCUGCACCAUCGACUCGAUGCACCCUUCCUCGAAUAUGGCAGCUGGUGAGCAGCUCAUCAAGCAUUUGUAUGAUGCUGUCAGACAAUCCAAGUACUGGAACGAAACAUUGAUCAUCAUCAACUUUGACGAGCACGGUGGUUUCGCCGACCACGUCAGCCCGCCUGUCAAUAUUCCCGCUCCUCAAGACGGCAUGACCUUCAGCGGUUUGAGCGACGGUCACAAUGUGACUUACGACUUUACCCGUUUGGGAGUCCGUGUCCCUGCUUUCGUCAUCUCACCAUGGAUCGCACCCAACACCUUGAUCCACGACCAGGGUACUUCUUAUGCCGAUAACUCAGCCUACACCCACACCUCAUUCCUGCACUUCCUGCAGAACCUCUGGGACCUCGAGGGUUUGAACAACCGUGUUCAGUGGGCAAAGACCUUCGAGUAUGUCUUCCAAGAUACGAUGAGAACCGACACGAUCGAGGAGCUGCCUACUCCUGUCUGGAUCGGCGGUUCUGGUCAACCCGAGCCUGAGGCUUUCUACAAGCUCAACCAGCCUUACAGCUACUAUGCUGAGUUGGACGACUAA